GCAAUCAGGGUUAGCCGAGACAGAUGCCCUAGCUCCAGCUCUGUGCUGGUCUGAGUGCACUGUCGCCGCUGUAGUCGCUGUCUGGGUCCCUUCCGCGGUACUCUUGCCUGGAGGCUGCCUCCCAGGCUCUGGGCGCGGACACUAUGUACGGUUUCGUGAACCAUGCCCUGGAGCUGCUGGUGAUCCGCAAUUACGGUCCCGAGGUGUGGGAAGACAUCAAAAAAGAGGCGCAGCUAGAUGAAGAAGGACAGUUUCUUGUCAGAAUAAUAUAUGAUGAUUCCAAAACAUACGACCUGGUGGCUGCUGCAAGCAAAGUCCUCAACCUCAAUGCUGGCGAAAUCCUGCAGAUGUUUGGGAAGAUGUUUUUCGUCUUCUGCCAAGAGUCUGGCUACGAUACCAUCUUGCGUGUCCUGGGAUCUAAUGUCAGGGAGUUUUUGCAGAACCUCGAUGCCCUGCAUGACCACCUCGCCACCAUCUACCCAGGGAUGCGUGCUCCUUCCUUCAGGUGCACCGAUGCAGAAAAAGGCAAAGGGCUCAUUCUACACUACUACUCGGAAAGAGAGGGGCUUCAGGACAUCGUGAUCGGGAUUAUUAAGACUGUUGCUCAACAGAUACACGGCACUGAGAUAGACAUGAAGGUUAUUCAGCAAAGAAAUGAAGAAUGUGAUCAUACCCAAUUUUUAAUUGAAGAGAAAGAAUCAAAAGAAGAGGAUUUUUAUGAAGAUCUGGACAGGUUUGAAGAGAAUGGUACCCAGGAAUCACGUAUCAGCCCGUACACCUUCUGCAAAGCAUUUCCUUUUCACAUCAUAUUUGACCGGGACCUAGUGGUCACUCAGUGUGGCAAUGCCAUCUACAGAGUGCUCCCCCAGCUCCAGCCUGGGAACUGCAGCCUUCUCUCUGUCUUCUCUCUGGUCCGCCCUCACAUCGACAUCAGUUUCCAUGGGAUUCUUUCACACAUCAAUACAGUCUUUGUACUGAGAAGCAAGGAAGGGUUGCUGGAUGUGGAGAAACUUGAAUGUGAGGAUGAACUGACUGGGGCAGAGAUUAGCUGCUUACGUCUCAAAGGCCAAAUGAUCUAUUUACCGGAAGCUGAUAGCAUCCUCUUCCUCUGUUCUCCAAGUGUGAUGAACCUGGACGACCUCACAAGAAGAGGCUUGUAUCUGAGCGACAUCCCUCUCCAUGAUGCUACCCGAGACCUGGUUCUUUUGGGAGAACAGUUCCGGGAGGAGUACAAACUGACACAAGAGCUGGAAAUCCUCACUGACCGGCUGCAGCUCACACUGCGAGCCUUGGAGGAUGAGAAGAAAAAGACAGACACAUUGCUGUAUUCUGUCCUUCCUCCAUCUGUUGCCAAUGAGCUGAGACACAAGCGCCCAGUGCCUGCCAAAAGAUAUGACAAUGUGACCAUCCUCUUCAGUGGCAUUGUGGGCUUCAAUGCAUUCUGUAGCAAGCAUGCAUCUGGAGAAGGGGCCAUGAAGAUUGUCAAUCUACUUAACGACCUCUACACCCGAUUUGACACACUGACUGAUUCACGGAAAAAUCCAUUUGUUUACAAGGUGGAAACAGUUGGUGACAAGUAUAUGACAGUGAGUGGUUUGCCAGAACCUUGUAUCCACCAUGCACGGUCCAUUUGCCACCUGGCUUUAGACAUGAUGGAAAUUGCUGGCCAAGUUCAAGUAGAUGGCGAAUCCGUUCAGAUAACAAUCGGGAUCCAUACCGGAGAGGUGGUGACAGGUGUGAUUGGACAGCGGAUGCCUCGGUAUUGUCUCUUUGGGAAUACUGUCAACCUCACAAGCAGGACAGAAACCACGGGAGAAAAGGGAAAGAUAAACGUUUCUGAAUAUACAUACAGGUGUCUCAUGUCUCCAGAAAACUCAGAUCCACAGUUCCACUUGGAUCAUAGAGGCCCAGUGUCCAUGAAGGGCAAGAAGGAACCAAUGCAAGUCUGGUUCCUAUCCAGGAAAAACACAGGCACAGAGGAAACAAACCAGGAUGAAAACUGAAUGUCAGGUUAUGGGACAAAGAGAACUGUCGGUUGGGUUCGGUGACAGCCUACUGUGUGUCAAGCCAGGAGCACGUCUUCCCUGUGGAUACCAAUUUCUACUUCCCAUUUUAGUGAUCCAAGGCUUUCUCCUAGUUACACAGCUCUCUCACUAUGGUUUAUUUGUUGUUAGCUCUGCUUUUCAUUACUUUUAAAGUCUCAGUAUAUUUUCUAAAGUUUGGUGUUUGAUGUGGAUGAUUUGAGCCGUUUCUUAAAUUCUACUACAAACAUUACCUAGACGGACAAUCUAAAAGUGGUAAGCACCCACUAUGUUUUGUUUGUUAAAUCUGAUAAGAUGAGACUUAAUAGGAUCUGGCCGUGUGUGUAUAUAUCAUGGCUCAGUAGAUUUGUAUUAUGCUCCGUGUAUAUGUGUGUGUAUAUGUAUAUUUUAAUGACUAUAAUAUAAAAAAAGUUUAUAUUGUGUUGGCGCAUGUCAUUCUAGAAACCAUUUUCUAAAUGAGUGAAUUUAAAUUUUAGGAAAAAACAGGCAAUUUAUUUCUAGACUUCUGAAGUAAGAAUUAAUAAGCUCUAUUAGGAAAAAGAGUGACUAUUCUGAAGUGUGUCCGUUCCCUUCUGGAAGUCUAUUAUUACAAAAAAUGGUCGUUCAAAUUUUAUGCCAUUUACAGUUUAUCUAACAUCUACGUUGCCCUAAUUUGUACUGAAGUCCUGAGUUUUGUUGACUACUGGUGGCUCUGAUGGGGGCUUCAUUGUUUCACAUUGAAUGGUUACAUUUGCUUAAGCAAGUGUUAGGGGUCAAAUUAUGUCCAAGAACAAGGCAGGGAAUACAUAACUAGGACACUGCUACUAGAGCCCCCCCCCCCCCCCCCCGGCCUAACUCCAGGCUUGAGCUUUUUAUUAGCUUAGAAGAAUGUCAAUUUAGCCAGGAUAUCAUAUUCAGAAUAUUCAUAAAAUUGUUUUAAUUCCAACAUAGAAUAGAGUGCAUUCCUGUUGGAAUAUUUGGCCUAUCAUCCUUUAAAUAUCUCUGAUAAUUUAUUGAUAUCUAUCUUUAUAAAAUAGAAUGAAAUUACUUUUGUGUACAAAUGUCUGUCUUUAAAUUUAGUAUUUCAUAUCAUCACAUCAAUUUAUGUAUAAAUGUUACAUGUUCAUUGUGUAAAAGAAUCUACAAUAAAUUAUUUUUACCACUUGUCUA